GAAUGAAGCUAUUAUUGAACAAUUAUGUUAGAAAUCGUCGGAGUCCGUUAUUUCUCUGCUAAGAAGUUUAUAGGUUUAUUCGAUUGUUCCUACCAAUUUGGCAAUCACGGAAAACUUUGCCCUCUGAACACCAUAGGCUCGUGAGAGAACAGAUUUUGCUAUGGACAAAAAUAAAAGUCAGAGAGAACACGCAAUGAAGGAAGAAGGUGAGAUCCCGAGACAGUCGAAGCAUGAUACUUCUGAAAUUGACAACCAGGAUGUUUCCAGUAAUGACAACCAGGAUGUUAUAGACAACAGGGAUGUGAAGGAUACAGUCGCAAAUAAGGACCUUGCACCUGCUAAGCGUCUCAGAUUUGGAAUAGAAAACAUUUUGCAACAAGGAAGUAGUAAAACUGUAAAAACAGAGGAGCGGAUCAAGGAAUCAUUAACUGUUGGACUUUCUUCAUUAUCCGGAUAUUACAAUCAACUGUUUACUUUACAAAGAAGUAAAGCGAGCACGUGUUACCCUUAUUGUCAAGAAUUAUUUUUUCCAUUGAAGGAUGCGGGAAACGCGAAAGCUCAUUGCAACAUAACUAGAAGAGUUGGACAUCCUUAUCAAAAUAGGACACCACCAAAGAGAAAAAAACCAAGAACAUCAUUUUCUCGAAUGACCAUCAUAGAAUUGGAAAAGCGCUUCGACAGACAAAAAUAUUUGGCGUCUUCCGAAAGGACAAGUCUAGCAAAAACUCUUAAAAUCUCGGAUUCCCAGGUGAAGACUUGGUUUCAAAACCGUCGAACAAAAUGGAGGAGACAAGCGGCGGAAGAAAAGGAGAUGGAACGGCAGGCAGCCAGUCGCAUGUUGGCAAGCAUGAACAACUUCAGCCUUCCAAAGACGUUCAUAUGUUCAGAGAAAACGGAGUAAAUCAUCUGCCUUAAAGUAACCUUUCAAAAUAAAACACAACAUGGGGAAAAGAUUGUCUCGCAGUCGUUUGAACAAUGAACAGUUUCAGCAUUCUAAAGACGUUUGUGUUUGUGGAUCUGGUGAUCGAGAGAAAUAUGCCUUAAAAUGGCUUACUAAACAUUAGUAACAUAAUAGUAAUGCUAUACGCAUAAAUAUAAUAAAUUGACAUUUUGAUGUUUUAUGAACUUGUCAAGUCUGUCAAUCAAGAACGUGUAAAUAUUCAUAAUUUGUAUCUAAAGAGUAUGAGCAAACCUGCCGGGAUUUUUUUUCCUUCAAAAUGCCAAUUUUGGUGUUUGAAAAUUUUAACAAACGUUCAUCAAUAUUUUAUCCAUUAUUCUGCCAGUCCAAUCUGAGACUGGGGCAAUAGGAACACUCUUGUUUAUACAGUACGCCUGUCAGUCGCUUUGUGCAUUCUAAUGUAUAUAGUUAAACGAUUCAUCAGUAUUAACCAAACGCAGUAUUAUAUUCGCGUUGCUGUAGGAUUAUGUAACGAUAUAUUAUGUAUAAUGUAUACAUUCAUCCAUGCAAUGAAGCAUUGUUUCAGAAUACAGCAUAACAUAACAUAUGUCUGGCCCAUAUGUAUUCUAUGUUUCUUAUUUCUUCCGAUCUUGUAUAACUAUGCCAUGUUUGUAAAAAUUUAUUUGUAUAUUUUGUUCAGAACUUUGGUUUUUUUUUUCUAAUAAAGAAAUGUAAAUAAAAA